GUGUGGCUUCUCUUCUCUGCCCAUACCCAGAAGAAAGCGGGGACGUGACGGAGCUGGGGAAUUGUUGGAGACUCCAGAAUCACCGAAAAUACAUCUUACAGAACCCUCACUGUUGCUCCAGAUUACCUGUCACGUAUUUAAAAAAUAUAUAUUUCCACAUUUCAACUAAUACGCAAGUAUGUCCUGGCAAGGCUACGUGGAUAACCUGAUGGCCGAUGGCAGCUGCCAGGACUCCGCCAUUGUUGGGUACACAGACGCCAAAUAUGUCUGGGCAUCGUUUCCCGGUGGUACAUUUGUUAACAUAACGGUUGACGAAAUCGACGUCAUUGUAGGAAAGGACCGAGAAGCGUUCUUCUGCGGUGGGUUGACCCUAGGCCAAAAGAAGUGCUCCGUCAUCAGAGACAGCCUCCACGCCGACGGGGACUGGACGAUGGACAUCAGGACAAAGAGUCAAGGAGGAGAGCCCACAUACAACGUUUCCAUAGGCAAAGCUGGGAAAGCGUUGGUUUUAGUCAUGGGAAAGGAAGGUGUCCAUGGAGGACAGCUCAACAAGAAAGCGUAUACAAUGGCUGACUACCUGAGGAAGUCUGGAUACUAAAGCAGCGUCUGCCCAGCCACCUAGCAGCUCACCCUUAACACGCUCUUCCAGUUCUACUUUUCUCCCCAGCCCCUCCUAUUGUCCCCCCCUUUUUGUUUUAUUUUAUUCACCCUUUCUCUUGUUCUGCCCCAGUCAUCUUGAUGCAUUCACACUGUGUACUCAAUCCCAUUCUAGCACUGUUGCACCGUAGUUAAAGAUGAGCAUGUUGUUAACAGGACAUUGUGACAAAUCUGUACUUAAAAAAAAAAAAAAAAAUAUUUAAAAAAAUAAGAUGUACACCUGCACCAUUCUGGCCAAUGCUCAGUGAAAAAACUCUAAUAAAGUGAAGGAAACCUAAAUUGAUGAACUGAGAUUUCGUAUGAUGGUUCCCGAACGUUCACACCCUUGAGCAGCCGAUGCCUUUUUGGAGCACUUGAGCGGUAACCGAGCUCAUGGUCUUCCUUUUCUAGAGCAUGUUUUGGGGUGGGGAAACUGCAUGCAUAUCUUAGAGCCUACUGAAAUACUGUUGUUCCCUCUGCCCCCCCGUAACUCAUGCCAAAUGUCUGUAGCUCCUUCCUUCCCUCUCUUUCUCUUCCUGUUUGUCCAUAGUAGGUGACACUACAUCAGUACACGGAAGGAAUACUCCUCCAUUAACCAACCACUACACCCUAAAGUCCCUUGUAGCUCCCCCUCCCAGCCUCACUACUCUGUACCGGAUGGGGGGGGGGGGUUGCGCUUCAAUGCAGUCCUGGCAGGCUAUCAGUUUUGGUAUUGAUCGAGUCAAAAGGCAAAAUCGGCAUUGUUGAUGCAGGUAGAAUCUCUUCCUUGUCCUCUUCAUGACCUCCUUGACUACGUGAACCCCAUCAUGGACAUUCCAUCGUUACAAUGGUUCAGGCGCUUAAACUGUUUGCCAGCUCCUGUAAUAUAUUUAUUUUUAUUUUUUUGGGGGGGAAAGGCUGCCAUUUUGGACAGUAGAUAUCCCAGCAAAAACAUCCAGUUUGACAUUUUUCAUAGGACCAAUUUUAGUUGCAUCUUUUGGGUAUUUAUACAAUUGCUCUUAAGUCAUUGUGAAGGACGACUUCUAGCCUCAUCUUUCAGGCAAAACGACGCUAAUGUAAAACCACAUCUUUCUGCUGAAGGCAAAAGGGGAGUGUUUGCGGUGGAGGAAAUCGCAGUCUCAUAAUUUGUCAACCUUUUUAGAUUUUUCUUUUUUUUAAUUAAAUGAUUUACUGCAUUUCUAAACCCAUGCUGUGUGAAUAAAUGACUGUGGAAGAAAUGGCCUUGUACUCUGGUGUUCAACUAAGAUAUGGUAUCAAACUGUCUUUUCAAGCUUGGUACUUACUGUAAUGUCCAAUUUGAAAAUAACUUAAAAAAAUAAGGAGAAAUUACACAAUUUGAUGGGAUUGGUUGGAAUAAACACUUUGAUUGUCUUGUGGAAUCUUGAAUACAAUUCCUGUGUAUCCUGUGCCAUAAUGUAGAAACAUCGGUUGCUAUUGUGUGAUGGAUUUUAACUGCUGCCCAGGAAGGAGUCAUUUCAUUGGCACUUUUUUUAGGAGUGUUUUCGCAACAGCUCCAAUGUUCAGGCCUUGUGGGAUGUGUACUAAUUAAAAGUCUUUAUUUGCUGAUUUCUGUUCAUUUCUUUCCCAACACCCCUUUUCUUACAUCUGGGAUACAGUCUCCUAACACUUCAUAUGCAUAAACCAAGAAAUGCCAUAAAUCAAUUUAUCACCUUUGUUUACAGACAGAUCAAAUAAAUGAUUUCCAACCAG